UCCAGCCUGGGCACACUGCUGCAGGUGCGGUCACACUGUUUGCAAAUCCACACACACCAGCGCGGUUUUUCGCUGCACAAAAUUGUACAUUUAAGAAAAAAUAGCAGCAAUUAAUAUAAACAAACGGUUGCACCAGACACCCCAAAGUGCCGGCUGUCCCAGGGAAUAUGAAAUAGUGCCACUUCCCCCGCGCCACUGCCCCAAUCACGUGAUGAAAAUCCGCCUGAAAAGUCGCCCUCGUCCGUGAAAUGUAAAGCAGAGCAGAGCAGUUUUUCCAACCAACUUGGGCGGAGUGUGGAGUUCGAGUUUCGCCGUGCGGGCCCCCAUCGAGAUUCGCUAAUUGUGAGAAUCGCCAGUCUAUAUUCCCGGCCAUGCCCCCGCCAAAUGUGGGACUUCGCGGGCGCCUGUCCUACGCGAUAAAUGCGCAGUUCGGGGCCAAUUAGUGGCUGUCUGAGGUGUCCUCUUGCCGCUCCUCCUGCUCCUGCGGCCCCGCCUCGUCCUUCCGCGAAACAACAACCUCAUUUGCAGGCCACAGACUUUGAACUUGCGACGCGCGUGUGCGUGCGUGCGAUCGUGGAAAACAAAAGAAAAGCUCUCGGGCUGCACAAACAAUAACAAUAGCUCGGGUCGGGUCGCAUACACUAUCGUCGGUGCGAAUAGCCAACAUGUUAUCUGCGUCCCGGCUAAUCUUCUUGGGCGCUCUGCUCGGCGCCUCCGUUUGCGCCUCCCCCAUUGAGUUCGUAAUGGACACCAGUUUAAAUGGCUCUCGAUCUGAUCCUGCGACUGCAACCCACGCUGGCAAAUGGCCACCGACGACCAAAGCGCCGGCGCUGAGGCCUCCAUCUGGAACAGCUGGACAGGCUUAUCAGUCGCCAUCGUCGUCGCUGGCCGCUGAUAACAGGAGCCACGACAACAACAACGCUAGUGCCGUGUCCAUGCUGCUGCCGCAAGACAGCGACGCAUCCGGAGCAGUAGCCCCUGCUGUUACUCCCCAGCUGCCCAUCUACAUUGCUCAGCCUAGCGCGAAAAAGCCAGAAAACAAGAUUAAAUGCCACUGUGACACGUGCAAGGAAUCGAACAACAUAUGCGAGACGGACGGCUUUUGUUUCACGUCCGUGGAGAAGAACGCCGAUGGAACCAUCAUCUUCAGCUACAGAUGUCUGCACGAGUCUCAAAUCUUUCCGCCGGGCCGCUCCAUCUGGUGCAACGACGGGCUGCAUGGCGGACCCACCGCCCGUCCAGUGGGUCGCAGUGGCGCCCAUGCCUGCUGCAAGGACAGGGACUUUUGCAACCGAUUUCUGUGGCCCAAGACGAAGGACCAGACAGGUGAUCGCGUGGAAGAAGGGCGGCAGAUCUCCGUCCAAGAUUAUGUGCCACACCGACUGACCAGCUGGGAGUUUGUGGCUAUCAUCCUAGGCGCCACCCUCUUCAUUUGCUUCACGGGCACCAGUACGUGGUAUUAUUGCCAGCGUCGCAAGCGCAUGGCCAGCGGAAGGCCGUUUGCCAAGGAGGAUUCAGCAUACGAUCCUAUAUUGAAUGGUAAUACAACCAUACACGACAUCAUUGAGAUGACCACCUCCGGUUCGGGUUCGGCUGGUCUUCCGCUGCUGGUGCAGCGUUCCAUUGCCCGGCAGGUGCAGCUGUGUCACGUUAUCGGUAAGGGACGUUUCGGCGAGGUCUGGCGUGGACGCUGGCGAGGCGAAAACGUGGCGGUCAAGAUCUUCUCUAGCCGCGAGGAGUGUUCCUGGUUCCGUGAGGCGGAAAUCUAUCAGACGGUAAUGCUGCGACAUGAGAACAUUUUGGGAUUCAUAGCUGCGGACAACAAGGACAAUGGAACUUGGACACAGUUGUGGCUCGUAACCGACUACCAUGAGAACGGAUCGCUCUUUGACUACCUAACCACGCACCCGGUGGACACCAACACCAUGCUGAACAUGUCGCUGAGUAUUGCCACUGGACUGGCGCAUCUGCAUAUGGACAUUGUGGGCACUCGCGGCAAGCCCGCCAUCGCCCAUCGUGAUCUCAAAUCCAAAAACAUACUGGUCAAAUCAAAUCUAAGCUGUGCUAUUGGAGAUUUGGGUCUGGCCGUGCGUCAUGUGGAGAAGAAUGACUCUGUGGACAUACCUUCCACUCAUCGUGUGGGUACCAAGCGCUAUAUGGCGCCCGAGGUGCUGGACGAGAGUAUGAAUGAUCAGCACUUUGACUCGUACAAGCGGGCGGAUGUGUACGCCUUUGGACUGAUCCUCUGGGAGAUUGCACGUCGCUGCAACAUGGGCAUGAUAUACGAUGAGUAUCAAUUGCCAUAUUACGAUGUCGUGCAGCCAGAUCCCAGCAUUGAGGAGAUGAAGAAAGUGGUUUGCAUCGAGAAGUGCCGGCCAAACAUUCCAAACCGCUGGCAUGGCUCCGAUGUGCUCCACAACAUGGCCAAGGUGAUGAAGGAGUGCUGGUAUCCCAAUCCUGUGGCCCGAUUGACAGCGCUUCGCAUCAAAAAGACACUUGCUAGCAUCAGUGUGGAGGACAAGGUCAAGAACUGAUUGUGGCUUCAGUUUGACGAGUAGCCCUCGUGUCGCGCCCCGUGGGAUCGGGGGCAGACAAAUAGUAGUAACCUGUAACCUGGCCCCGCGUUACCUUAAAUGUCCUGGCAGCGCUUGCGAAGCAGUUCCAGAAACCAGAAACCCGUUAAGAAAUUAAAUACAAAGAAGUUGUAAAUAUUAUGUGCUAACUCAUCCUUAAAGUUUCCAAUGCUUUGCUUUGUUUCCGUUCAGAACGAGCUCGUUAUAAGUUUUGUGUUACACCAUCCUCAACUAUUGUACAUAACCUUCGUUGACAUUUUCGCUGAGAUUUGCUUGUUUCCGGGCGGAGUGAUCAAGGCGGCGCGCCAAAAAAAAUAAACUGCCGCACUGCCAUUAGAGCUACCAAUUAGGGCCUAGUUAUAUACCAACAAAAUAACACAUUAUAUACAAUAUAUAUAUUUUUUAUAAAUCCUGUUCGCGAGCGAGAACGAACGCCAGCAAACGAAACGAUAAAUACAUAACGAAAACAAAACAGUAAGACUAUGUCAAGACUGAGCAGCAGUGGAAAGCAGUGAGAAAACAACAGAUUUGAACCGCAGACAAUUUUUAGCCUGCAAUGGAAUAUACAAAACCAGCCACAACCAGAUUAUUAGCAAGAAAGAUAACUCUUUUAGGCACUAACCAACAGAUAAAGUCGAUAAACUCAGGAAAUCGUAACGUAAAAAUAAAAUGAAAGGAAUCAAACGAUUUGGCGCGCCGCCUGCUCACGAACAGCUUGCCAUGCCCACGUCGCUAUUGCUGCUGCUGUGCCUCUAAAACUUAAUGAACACCACCCCUCUCCCAUAAGUAGGUAUCCAUAUUGCUGGAAGCGCUUCUCUUUGUAAUCCUAUGUUUAAACUAUUUUAAAAUGUCUACACCAAAACUCUCGACCCUGGCAACCUGCAUCGUCACGCAUACUUUUUAUUUUUGUUAUUUCAUUUACCUUCAUGUUGCCUGUGAACAUAUCCCUUUAUAAAUCCUGUUUCUUGUUGUUUUAUAACCAAAGCUUGUUCUUCCUAUUUUAUUGUAGCCAUAAAUAAGUAAACAAAACUAUAAAUGUACAUGGUAUAUAUGAAUUGUAUACUAUAUUUGCUUCUAUUAUAAAUUGUAUGGAACCAAAUGUUUCGUGAACAAACCUAAACCACUAAUUUAAGCCUGUGCACAGAGUUUGGGUGCCCUAAUUCCGGGUCAUACAAUAUGUUUAACAUUAUAAAUCAACUAAAUCUCACAUCAAAUGCCAUAAAGCUAAAUGAGUCCAUUAUCAAUGUAUACAUGUAAACAUGUAAACCAGAAUGCAAUAGUAGUUUCAACACAACCCAUGUUUCCUUUGCCCAUCAAUACACGCCAGCUGAGAGAUUAAAGUAAACAUUAAUUAACAUUUUAAUCAUUUCGAUGUAAGCUAAGAGUAAGAGUUUGUACGAGCAAGAUUGAAAUUAGGGUUAUGAUUAAAUAGUACCUUCAUAUUGUUAUUUUUUCGGUCUGCGAAAUUUACUUUCCUAUUUUAAUUUAAUUUAAGCUUUCUGAAGUUAAUCACAUCCUGUACGAACACAAUCGAUUUCUUUGGAAAACAAAUCUAAACUAAAUUUAUAGCUCUAUUCGCGUGCGUAAAUUUAGGUUUUGAAACUAUUCCUGUAAUUGUAAAAUCUGUAAAUAAUCUGUGCAUUCUGUGCAUGCGAGUCAAACAAAAACCGAGAGACAAGUUUCGAAGGAUAGCGAACUUGAUAUUUGUUUGACUGUUCCAAGCUAAGUUUAAGCCGAAAGUUGUUCUUAAGACUAACCCCCCAAUACAACCUCCGAAGUGGGGCACUUCCUAAAGCCCACGACCUUAGUCCCUGAUCCAAACCAAAAACAACUUAAAAAACAACUGAGUUUAAGAUUCAAUUUAAACCGAAGAACACAAAAUCAACAAAAGACUUGAACAUGCGCAAAAACAUAUAAAAAAAUAAUUUUAAAAAUAAAUCCUAUUUUGCUGGCAAAACACACUUUUGGUUCGAAAUUUCCAAGAUUUCCAGAACUAAAACAAUGCACCUUGUGCGAUUUAUGUUAGGCUCAAGUAAGCGAAGUAAGUGUCUCAGCCAUAAAGUUAGGGACGAAAGCAUUUGUAAUGUGUAUUAUUCGUGAAUGGAUUGGAUCAUGAGAGAUAUAUAGAAUGUCAAAGAGUUGGAGAACGAAAGGAGGAAUGAUUUACUUGGGUGUAAUGUUAAAAACAAAAGCGUUGAAAGUGUAAACAGAGUCUAACUUUUAGCUUUAAGCUGCGUUUUUACUGGCACUUUAAAUAAAAUUACAAAAAUAAAACCAACCGAAAAUAUUUGUAAAAGAA